AUGCUAGUGCAACUACCCAAGAAGGACGGCGGUGUCACCGCCAGGGUGCUGCAUCCCUUUCUUGGAGCGGUUGUGGAAGGCGUGGAUACAUCCAGCAUUGGCCAGGAGGAAGUGACCACUUUGCUGGCGCCCCUCCUCGAAUCUUAUGGCCUGCUUCUUUUCCGGAACCAGAAGCUAAGCCCGCGAAGCCUCCGGGAGUUUGUCACAAAAUUCCCGGAUACAGAUGUCGAGGAGCUUCAGAACAAGUCCCUGCCUUUUGCAGACGGUGACCCGUCUUGCGUGCCGGAACUUCCAGGCGUUCGUGUCUUGGGCACUCAGGCUUCGGAUCGUGCUCUCUGGCAUGGGGCAGUGCCCGAAACUUGUGAGCUUGGUAUGGACUGGCACACCGAUGGCUGUGGCAUAACAGGCCUUUAUGCCGCGCAAGUGCCGCAUGGAGAGCAGACACGCAACACUCUUUGGGCCAGUGGCUAUCGUGCCUGGGAUGUGCUGAGCGAUGAGGCAAAGAAACAGGCCUUGGGAAUGAGCCUCGUCUUUGGGCCGCGCUAUCUGCUGGACGAAAGUGUUGCCACUAUGUGCCGGUACGGUGGGCGCAUGAGUGAGAAUGGCUUGCGGCGAGUGCAAGACGUGGAUUCAACAGCACUGACAAAGGAACAACUGCAGCGACGAGAGAGUUCGAGCAACACGAGGCGCUAUUUGCACUUGAAUGGCUCACCUGCAAGGCAACACCCCUUCACGGGACGUACAACUCUGUGGACGUCUCCCUUCUUUUUGGAGGAGUGCCGGGAUAUGGGACUGGAACAGGCCAAGAUCCAGCUGGAGGAGAUUCUUUUGCCAGGGUUGAGUGGUGAUGCUGUUUACAAGCAUGAUUGGCGUAUCGGUGACCUGGUGCUAUUCGACAACCGAAGCAUGAUGCAUUCCACUACGAAGCUGGUCGAUGCUCCACAGCUAAUGUACCAAGUUUUUCUCAGAACCAAGGCGCAGAUGAAGUCUGCCAAGCAGACGCAGCCAUGA